AUUUGGAGGCGGGCUUGUGGAAACGAGUAGGUGACGUCAGUUCGCCUGUUGGCAGAGAGCGAAACAAACAUGGCGAUAGAUUCAAGUGGCUGGGGGUUUACGUUAACUUUAUUCGUGUUUUCAUACGUUUUUGCGACGAGGCUGGUUGAAGCUUCGGUUUCAGACUCGAGGGAAACCACGCGGAUACUCGGCAUGAGGCUAGAGAAGAGCGACAAGCCAGCCGAGACCACCGAAAGGGGAGAUAUUCAGGUGACCGAGGGGAGCGACAUCUCCUUAAGGGUCUACGGGCUCCACUUGUUCCCCAACAGCUCGGAUAUCAUCGGGUUCGGUAAACUGUUCGUCAGUAAUAAAGAAGAUGAUGAUUUCUCAGAUAAAUGGUUAAACAGGACUUGUCCCAAAGAUCAGAAUGAUAUUGAUAUUAGGGGACCCAUGAAGGUAAACGACGAAAACACCUCAGGGACAGUCUCCCUCAGCAUCAAGCAGCUCCGUAAGAAUGAGAUGGUGAAAGUGUUCGGCUUGUGCGUCCUGGACGCCCGGGAUCAGAAGUGGUACCUGAUGGACGAAGAAGACGGCAGGCUGCGCGUGGUGGAAGCGAAGAAGUCCCUCCUGCCCAUCUGGCUGCAGAUUAUCCUCAUCUGCUUCCUGCUGGUGCUGUCCGGUAUGUUCAGCGGGCUCAACCUGGGACUGAUGGCGCUGGAUCCGAUGGAAUUGCGCAUCGUGCAGAACUGCGGCACAGAGAAGGAGAAGAAGUACGCGCGGAAGAUCGAGCCCAUUCGUAGGAAGGGCAACUACCUGUUGUGCUCACUGCUGCUCGGUAAUGUCCUGGUCAACACUACGCUCACCAUCCUCCUGGACGACCUCACCAAGUCCGGGGUCGGAGCAGUCGUCGCCUCCACUGUCGGCAUCGUAAUAUUUGGCGAGAUUGUCCCCCAGGCUCUGUGCUCCCGACACGGAUUAGCAGUCGGGGCGAACACCAUCGUCCUCACCAAGCUGUUCAUGCUGUUGACUUUCCCUGUGUCCUGGCCCAUUAGCAAACUCCUCGACUGCGUGCUGGGCCAGGAGAUCGGCACCGUGUACAACAGAGAGAAGCUAGUGGAGAUGUUAAAAGUCACCGAGCCCUACAAUGACCUGGUGAAAGAGGAGCUGAACAUGAUCCAAGGAGCGCUUGAGCUCCGGACUAAAACAGUGGAGGAUGUCAUGACGCCAAUCAACAACUGCUUCAUGAUCCACAGCGACGCCGUGUUGGACUUCAACACCAUGUCCGAGAUCAUGGAGAGCGGCUACACCAGGAUACCCGUGUACGAAGACGAGCGCUCCAACAUCGUGGACAUCCUCUUCGUCAAGGAUCUGGCCUUCGUGGACCCAGACGACUGCACCACCUUGAAGACCAUCACCAAAUUCUACAACCAUCCGGUCCACUUCGUCUUCCACGACACCAAGCUGGACGCCAUGCUGGAGGAGUUCAAAAAAGGAAAAUCCCACCUGGCCAUUGUCCAGAAGGUGAACAACGAGGGGGAAGGAGAUCCUUUCUACGAAGUGUUGGGGUUGGUCACCCUGGAAGACGUCAUAGAGGAGAUUAUCAAAUCAGAAAUUCUGGAUGAAUCCGACCUUUACACUGAUAAUCGCACGAGGAAAAAGGUGGCACCCAACAAAAACAAGAGAGACUUCUCUGCCUUUAAACAUGAAAGUGAAUCUAAGGUGAAGAUCUCUCCUCAGCUGCUGCUGGCUGCCCAUCGUUUCCUGGCUACAGAGGUGAGCUUGUUCAACCCAUCUCAGAUUUCAGACAAGGUGCUGCUGCGAAUCCUGCGUCACCCCGAUGUGAUCCAGGAGAUCAAGUUCAAUGAGAACGAUAAGCGGUCGUCCCAUCACUACAUCUACCAAAGGGGCAAGCCGGUCGACUACUUCAUUCUCAUCCUGCAGGGUCGAGUGGAGGUGGAGGCUGGAAAUGAGAACAUGAAGUUUGAGACCGGACCUUUCUCAUACUAUGGUAUCAUGGCACUCAGUGCUCCCACACUGGAGUUUCGUUCACCAUCCCAUAUCAGCGGCUUGAACCGAACAGCCUCGAUGAGCGGAGCCGACCGGAUGGAGUCACUUUCGGUCAGCGGCAGCAACAGUCAGCUCAACAACAGCAUCCCCAUGCAGCAGUACAUACCAGACUUCUACGUCCGAGCCCUCACUGACCUACAGUUUGCCAAGAUCACACGAGCUCAGUACCAGAACGGCCUGAUGGCAUCUCGCCUGGACAGCACGCCGCAGUCCCCCGAGAGCAGCCACAACACUAUUCGUAUGGAUCAGACGCCUCCCACCACCAUCGGUAACACCACCAUUACGGACCUGGGAGCAGACUCCACCCCUACGGAGAACGGCCCGGACGAGACGACGCUUCUCCUCCUCAAUGAGCAGAACUCGCCACACACAGGCAACCACCACAGCCAGGUGGAGAACAGAAUCUGACAGCCUCCACUGGUACCAGCCCUCCAUACUCCUACAUUGGCCCACGUGCACUACUAUGCCCGGUUGUAUGCCGAGGAGGGGAGGAUUGUGUGUGAGUGUGCGUGUUUGUGUGAGUGGGAAUGCAGGCACAAGCUGAUGAGGCCCAAAGAGUCAAGCCACGUUCAUACUGUGUAAAUACGCAAAGAUUAAACACACACACACACAAUUGCGCACACACACAGAGCAAACACACACAUACCAAAGUCUCCACACCUCUACCGAUCGAUGGAACUAGUAUCGCGUCAGUGUUUGCACAUGCCUCUUGAUCUGAAGGACCUGUUUGUCUGGACCAGAAAGCUCCUCCAUUUCUCGUUCAGAGGUGUUACCGAUUAUUUAAGUGUGUGUGGUGUAGUGUGUGUGAGAAAGAGUGUGCGUUGCUUCUAAAUCACUGUCCCUAAUCAGAGACUCAGGGAGACUCCGCCCUCCUCCUCAUUUCCGGAUGUACGUAAAAGCAAGUGUGGUCGAAAGCCCCAAACCAGCCCAUCGCCGCAUGUGUAGCAACCUGCAUCCCCCUCCUCCAUACAGCUAGAGGACAAAGACAACCCGAGCAUGUCUGCGGAGUUCACACAAAGUAAUACGUGUACCAUAGAAAUUUAUAGUGAGAUAUUUAUUGGGGGGAUAUUGUGGUUAAAUGAGGAUGGGGAUGGGGUGGAUUUCUAUCUAUAGAGAUAUAUUUUCUCUUCCUUGUUUCCUGCAUAGAAACAGCUGGUAGCCCAGAGCCUUUAUCCCAGAGUUGUUAAGAGAUUUGCCGCUGAUAGACCACCAGUCUGUAUUGUGAACAAGACAAUCAACAUGAAUAUUUUGAAUGUGUUAAAUUAAAUAUGUAGGGUACGUUAACUGUGGCUGCCCUGCUCUCCAAAUGCCAUAUCUGUGUCACCUUUAAUUCUGUUCCUCUGAGGACAGACGUGGAGUUUCUAGAUGGGUUGCAGAGACGAAGGCGUUCGAGAGCAAAGAAUCCUUUUCCUACUUUUUUUGGGGUUUUUUUGUUUUGUUUUGUUUCUAAAGACGAUGGGUAGUCUGUGUCUGUGCGUGAGUUUGCGUGUACGAGACCAAAGCUGGCCAUCAUCUGACUUGUUGGGAGCAGAAACCAAAAGUGAGAAGCUUGAUCACCUCCUGACUGGAAAAUACUUUAAGAAAUCUGAGAGUUUAUUUAUUGAGUUUAAUGUCUGUGUAUGCGUGUAUAUAUUUUUGUUGAUUUGAAGGGGAGAAAAUGCAAUUUUAUUUCACCGUUUUGGGAGAUUUUACAUGUUAAAAUGUUUCUUUCCAUUCAGUGAUUAUGUUCGGGUUUGCUUUUUGUUUUUAAUGUAGGAAAAGGGGGUCACUCUAACAUAGUUUUUGUAUUUGUGUCUCCAAAUGCAACAUUAGCCACAUUCUGUCCGGUUUUUUUGUUUGUUUGUUUGUUUUUUGAUUAUAUUUUACCAGUUAUAUUUUACUGUACGCUCAGACAACGUCUUAAAGAAGAAUCUGAAAAUCUGUUUUCUGGUGGAUUUUUCUUUCCCUGAACUCUAACAGGAGCACAACCGUGUUUCGUGGGUAUUUCUUUAUUUUGUGAUACUCUGCUGCUUUUAAGACACCCGUUGUAGAAUUUUAUUUACACACUAACAACUACAUGUAACAGAUGUUCACUUUUUGGUACUUUUUAUUAGGCUAUACUUAAAAGAUGGUCAUAGCCUUUAGGUUUGAAACACAAGCCCAAUGUGGAAGUGCCUUAAUCCUGUGUUCUUUCUAAUGGCCAGCAGGGGUGACUUCUCUGGUUGCAAAGAAAAUGUAAUUAUAUAAAAGUUUAUGAGGAAAUAAAUCUACUUUAAGACCACAGCAAAAAGGUUCCUUUUGAGUUUGCAGUCUGAAUUGCAAGUUUUUUAUUUAGUAUAAUUUGAUGUUUGUUUAGUAAAACAAGGUCCCAAUUAGAGUAAAAUUGUGAAUGCAUUAGCUCAUGGCUGUCUUUUGAUAAACAGGUUGGCAGUCCUUGGGCUCGCAGUUCCUCCAGUUGUCAACAGUAAAAAUAAAUGCACAACUUCAUUGAAGAUGAUAUAAAGUUUAUGGUUGCACCGCCUUUACUUUUUCUGUCAUCUUUGAGUAGCAAACAAGUUUCCAGCUUUGCUCUAAAAGAUGUGACCAAGUCUUCUGGGAUAUGCAGGACACCAGGAGUAUGAUACGAAGCAAGCGAAAGGAAAGAUGAUCACAAGCUGGUGUUAAAAAAAUAGAUUUUUCUUUUAUUGUUGUGGUUUUUGAGAUCGGGAGCAUUAACAUAACACCCAGCAGCAAAAAUGAUUUUGAAAUUUGAAGAAAUUAGUAUUACUACAUCUACUACUACUUGUUUUCUGGAUGGGGAAAUCUGAAACCAAAAGCAUUUCCGUUAUUGUGGAUUUUCCUAUCUUGUUGAAGUGAGAUGUCAAUGAAAGUGAGUUUCAGCAGUGGUGGGAAAGGCCAGAGAGGUCAGUAAAUUUCCAAAACUUCAGCAAGUGCAACACAUGAUUAGAAUUUUAGUGUUUUUAGAAAAUAAACAUUUUUGACGUAGGUACAUGUAGUUGACUUAAUGUUGUUUCACAAAUUAUUAUUAUUUUAUUUCUUUCACCAAAUACAAAAGUGAUCCUCUAACAUUUCAAUGUUAGAUGAUGCAUUUUAUGUCUCAGUUGGCAAACCUACAACUUUUUGCACCAAACCAGGUGCUUUGUGAGUGUGACUUGUAUAUUUGAAUCAUUUAUUUGGCAGGUUUAAUUGCAUGUUACUGCCUACCAAAGACUAAAGUACAGCACUGAUGCUGCUUAUAAAGAGGCUGUGGCUGUUGGCUGGCAUCUUCUGUGCAAAUAUUGCAGCUAAACAGUUUUGGGGAAAUGCAUUUCAAGCAGGCUGUGAAUGUAUUUGAGCACAUGGAAAUAUAUUUAGAAGGAAAAAAAGUGCUGCUUGAAUGAGAUUUUUCAUCUUUUUUUCACACUUAAAAUGCCACUAGAUAACGCUAAUGGGAAAGAUUGUCAAUAAAUGGUAACCGAAGUCAUCUAUUUAAUUAUUCAUAAAUCAAUCAACUAUCCAGGUUAGUUGACACCAAUUUGAAUCAAAUAUUGAAAGAAAACCAGCAGCCUCUCCAACGCUUUAAUGACAAGCCCCAGUGAGUAAACACUAGUUCUGCUUUUGAAUCUGCAUUAGCUUCAUGUGCUCAUGUUUUACUCCGUUUCCAAGAAAUGUUUGUAUUUCUUGUCUUUUAGGCAACAAGUAAGAAUUUUGCAAGUGACAAAGAUUCAAAGAGUCCAUGGUUUUUGUGGUCUAAAAACAGAAGCAGCACACAACACACAGUUGUGUCACAAUGCUGCUGGUAACCCAAAUUUCAUAAUCAUAUUAUCACUGACUUCAUCAAGUGACUGCAAUAAUUUCACUCCCCGUCCACACAGAAGCUAAAGCACUUUCUCACUGCUGUGUUGGCUUCACUACUUUUUAAUGACUGUACUUUUUUGUGUGUUCAUUCCUGUUUUUCUUUUUC